GUGUGUGUGAGUGACAGCAGAGCUGCAGUCGAGACGAGUCUCUCUGUUUCUCUCGAAAGAAACAUUCAACUGAAUCCAGCAGGUUUUUCUCAACAACAAACACUGAGUGUCGAUAUGUCUGCUGCCAGCUGUCUGCUGACUGAAGAUCAGUUUCUGUGCUCCAUCUGUCUGGAUGUGUUCACUGAUCCAGUCAGCACACCAUGUGGACACAACUUCUGUAAAACCUGCAUCACUGAACACUGGAAUAUUAAUGUCCCCUAUCAGUGUCCAAACUGUAAGAAGGUUUUCUACACCAGACCUGAGCUGCAGGUCAACACUUUCAUCUCUGAGAUGGCUGCUCAGUUCAGACAGUCAGCUCAACAGAAAGCCAGCAGCAGCAGCUCAGAGCAACAAGUUUCCAAACCAGGAGAAGUUCCCUGUGACGUCUGCACUGGAACCAAACUGAAGGCCCUGAAGUCCUGCCUGGUGUGUCUGGAAUCCUACUGUGAGACUCACCUGGAGCCUCAUCUGACAAGAUCAGGCCUGAAAAGACAUCAGCUGAUCGACCCUGUGGAGAACCUGGAAGGCAGGAUGUGUCUGAAGCACGAUAAACUGCUGGAGCUGUUCUGUAAGACCGACCAGAUGUGUGUCUGCAUGCUCUGCACUGUUUUAGACCACAAGACACAUGAUGUUGUUCCUCUGAGAGAAGAAUAUGAAGGAAAGAAGGCCGAGCUGGGGAAGACAGAGGCUGAAAUUCAGCAGAUGAUCCAGAAGAGACGACUGAAGAUUGAGGAGAUCAAACACUCAGUGGAGCUCAGUGAGGAAGAUGCAGACAGAGAGAUAGCAGAUGGUGUUCAGGUCUUCACCGCUCUGAAGGAGUCUGUUGAGAGAAGCCAGGCCGAGCUCAUGGACACGAUCAAAGAGAAGCAGAGAAAGACAGAGAAACAGGCUGAAGGCUUCAUCAAAGAGCUGGAACAGGAAAUCUCUGAGCUGAAGAAGAGGAGCACUGAGGUGGAGCAGGUCUCACGCUCUGAAGACCACCUCCACCUCCUCCAAAGCUUCACUUCCCUGAACACUGCUCCACCCACCAAGGACUGGACAGAGGUCAGCGUCCAUCCACCUUCAUAUGAGGGGACUGUGAGGAGAGCUGUGAGUCAGCUGGAGGAGACGCUCAGUAAACAGAUGAAGAAGCUUCUCGCUGAGGUCGAGCUGAAGAGGGUCCAGCAGUCUGCAGUGGAUGUGACACUUGAUCCUGAUACAGCACAUCCCUAUCUCAUCCUGUCUGAUGAUGGAAAACAAGUUACAUGUGGUGAUGUAAAGAAGAAUCUCCCAAAGAAUCCAGAGAGAUUUGAUACUUGUCCCUGUGUCUUAGCAAAGCAGAGUUUCUCUUCAGGAAGAUUUUAUUAUGAGGUUCAGGUUAAAGGGAAGACUAAGUGGGAUUUAGGAGUGGCCAGAGAGUCGAUCAACAGGAAGGGAAAGAUCCCACUGGGCCCUCAGAAUGGUUACUGGACGAUAUGUUUGAGGAAUGAAAAUGAGUACAAAGCUUUUGCUUACUCUUCAGUCAGUCUCUCUCUGAAGUCUCGGCCUGAGAAGGUGGGGGUGUUUGUGGAUUAUGAGGAGGGUCUGGUCUCCUUUUAUGAUGUUGAUGCUGCAGCUCUUAUCUACUCCUUUACUGGCUGCUCCUUCACUGAGAAACUCUACCCAUACUUCAGUCCCUGUAAUAAUCAUGGUGGUAAAAACUCUGCCCCUCUGAUCAUCUCUCCUGUCAAUCAAGCACUUAAGGACAGUUUGCGCAGAUUGAUUACAUUUAAACCAAAACUAAAACGUAGAACAAUCAUCUGAUUUUCUACAGAAAGAUUCACUCUCAUUUAAUGUAAUAAAUGUAUAUUAUUGGUGAUGUACUGUGAAUACAUUGUUGAUUUUUUAGAUUCUGAUCAAUGUGGUUUUUCUCUUUUGUUUCUGUAAAUGUUUUUAUUUGAUGUGUAACGUUGCUACUUACUACUACAACACAAAGAUUUAAUCACACUGCUGAUAUUAUCUCAUGUAUAGUCUUUGUUUAAUACACUCUUUAUUUGUCAAAGUUAUAGUCCCUUACAGGAGUUGGGCUACUUCUCAUUGAAACAAAAGAAGACAGGAAGUGUCAUCUUUACAACAGCUACUGUUCGUCCCUCCCACCCCAUCUCAUGUAUAGUCUGAUUUAUUCUAAUGACUUCAUUACCUGCCUUCAAGACUGUUGAAUCAUCAAAAACAAAUGUGCUUAGAAAUAAGAAGCAUUUGCACGUUUCUUAAAUGUCUCUGUGCCAAAUUCAGAACUUUAUAUUGUCUGAUAAUUGUAUAUAGAUAAGAAGUGUUGUCAUGCACACUUUAUCUGUUAAUAAGAGCUUUUCAAAAUAAGAUGUUUUAAUGAUUUUAGGUUGUAAGAUUUCAAAUUAAGGGACAAAUUAAGGGAUCUCUGUGUGGUGUGUUUUCAGGGGAUUAGGAUUAGUUCUUGAUUCAUUUUGGUACAAAAAUAAUUGACAUGAACUUUAAACAUCAACAGAAUCUGAUCCUAAAACAUUGAGCUGCAGUGGUUUUACACACCAGAGAAGAAGAAAAGUUUUGUCUCAACCAUCUGUUGUGUUAUUUUCAUUUUAUUUUGUCCACCUCUCUGCAGACUGUUUGUACAGCUUCAACAAAGUCAACAAAAACUCAACAAAUGGAAACAAACAAAGUUUCCACUGGAUGCAUUUUUUUCUUCACAUUAACUCAAGUACUGUACUUAUGUAAAAUACAAGUGUGUGAAAACUGCCUGUGAAUAUUUCAGUGUUGUGCUACUUUAUACU